AACGUAACUCCCCCUGCCAAUCCCAAGAAAUAUUUGCUUUAUUGUUCUAAGUCCAGUACAAAGAUAAUUUCUCAGGGAAAUCUUUCGGGCCUUUCCCACCCCACGGAUCCUUCCAUCCAUCUCGCCCACUAUGCUGUGCGUUCCACACAGCACAGAUUGCGCACUCUCAACUUCGCGUCUCCGGGGUCCAGAGCGGGGCCCUUCAAACACCGCGAGCUUCACAUUUUCUAAUUAGCCACAUUUACUGGCGCUGAGAGGUACCAUGGCGCCUGACAGCCGCACCUCGGCGUGUGAACCAAUUGCCCCCCGGAAGUGACGCGCUGUCAGGGACGACGUGCUUCCGCUCCCGACUGUCGCCCCCGCCGCCGCAGGGGGACGGGUUUCUCUGGCCUGCCAACUCUGCUGCUCUGGAGGAUUCGUGCGUGACUGGUAAACAUCUGAUGAAGCCAUGACCAGGUGGGCACGGGUUACUACCACACAGAACAAAAGACCCUUCCCUGCAACAUCAUGGGAGGACAUGAAGAAGGGGUCCUUUGAGGGAAAAAGCCAAAACCUACCAAAGAGUGAACAACUUGAAGCCGAUAGUCUGUCCCUUAAAAAUCAUGCACCCCAAGCAAAACACAAAAAGAAUAAAAAGAAAAAGGAGUAUUUAAAUGAAGAUGUGAAUGGAUUCAUGGAAUAUCUAAGGCAAAACUCACAGAUGGUUCGCAAUGGGCAGAUGAUAGCAGCAGACAGUCAGGAAGUCAGGGAAGAAAUUGCAGUUGCUUUAAAGAAAGAUAGUCGCCGGGAAGGAAGACGAUUAAAAAGACAAGCAGCAAAGAAAAAUGCAAUGGUAUGUUUCCAUUGUAGAAAACCUGGCCAUGGGAUUGCAGAUUGCCCAGCUGCCCUUGAGAAUCAAGAAAUGGGCACUGGAAUAUGUUACCGGUGUGGAUCCACAGAGCAUGAAAUAACCAAGUGCAAGACUAAAGUAGACCCAGCUUUUGGUGAAUUUCCUUUUGCAAAAUGUUUUGUUUGUGGGGAAAUGGGACAUCUGUCCAGAUCUUGUCCUGAUAAUCCCAAAGGACUCUAUGCUGAUGGUGGUUGCUGCAGACUUUGUGGCUCUGUGGAACAUUUAAAGAAAGAUUGCCCCGAAAGUCAGAAUUCAGAUCGAAUGGUCACGGUUGGUCGCUGGGCAAAGGGAAUGAGUGCGGACUAUGAAGACAUUUUGGAUGUGCCUAAACCACAGAAACCCAAAACAAAGAUACCUAAAGUUGUUAAUUUUUGAUGAUUAGUGCUAUCAUUUGUUAGCACCUCAAUUGUUAAACAUUCUGAACUGGGCCUACUUCAUAAGUUGGACCUGGACUCUCCCUUGGAGUCCUGUAUUGUAGAUAUCAGUAUAAUCUAGGUGUGGUCAAACCAGUUCCUGAGUUCUGUCCAUCAAGGAGCACUUCUGCCAUUGUUUGGAGUAAAUCACUGAAUAAAAGUAUAAUAUGUUCAAAAUGGAUUUUCUAAAAGAAUAUAUUUUUAACCAACAGAACUUAGGUGUAACUAAGUGGUUACCUGAUUGUAACAAUCAUCUUUUUCUAAAAACAAAAUUAUGCAUUAAUAUGAACUAUCCCUAAACAUAGGGAACCUGCUUUGCAUUUGGAAAUGAAUUUUUGUUAUAUUGUUUUCUUGGUUCAAAGUAUCAAUUUAUUAGUAUAUUAGAAAUUAAUUUAUAAUUGCCACAAAAUCUGUAUUUUAAAAAUAUUUAAUAAAAACUCACUUGCUAUUUA